GACGAUUAACUUCACCCGAGCUGCCCCCCACUUCAAGCCGUCAGUGACAAUCUUGCCGACGAUCUCACAUGACACCAACGGCGAGCGGUCCUCCAAAUUGCUUGCGCCUUCCGUUCAGGCGACCUUAAGCCGGUGUUCGAGAAGAUCGGCACUGUGUCCGACCUCAACACAGCCUCACAUGGCGCCGAUGCGUCCUUCAAGAACGCGCCGCGACGGCUCAUCAUUCGCGGUGCCUUCUACAGCGACUUUUACCCUGAGCUGGUGCUCGCCAUCUGGCAAAACUGGGUCGCAUUCACCGAGACCAGCGAAGAUGUCCGCAAAUCUUCCGUCUUAUUUGACUUGAUGAGCCCGAAGAAGCUUGUCGAGGUCGGGGCGGCGGACACUGCGCUGGCGUUGCGCGUACCGCACUACUGGAUGGCCGUCCAGGGACGAUCCACGACCGAUGCCGGCGUCGCGGCCGCAAGUGACUGGACAAAGUCACUCUCCGAGUUUAUUCGACAGAAGAAUGCAGAGCUGUCGGGCAAGGACCUUGGAUGGUUCAUCAACAUGUGCCAGGGUGAGGAGAAGCCAGAGGACGUCUUUGGUGAUAACUUGCCUAGGCUGCGGAAACUGAAAGCGAAGUAUGAUCCCCAGAAUGUCUGGAGCAGGGGAGUGGCCAUCGCGCCUCUGCACGAAUGAUUCCUAGGUUUAGACACAAAUUGUACGUCAGCUCAAGCCAACAGGUGAUCAGCAGUGUUGACCACAAAAUCUGAAUAUGUAUACUUGUAUGUGGACACGUCGUUUAGGCGGCGUGGUGGAUG